UCAAGUGGAACAAAAGUUAAAAUCAUAAAACCCUAACAGAAUCCUAUAGCUCAACAGAAGCAUAGCAAAAUGAAGAGAGUAUCAGCUAAAGUGGAAUCUACAAUCCCAAUCUCUCUCUCCGCCGCAGCAAAAUCCCUCUCCAAGUUUGCUGCAUCAGAUCAUGAAGCUUCACAUGCUGUUUCAUUAUAUCUCCAAAGUGCUGCCGAUUCAUUCAACAAGCUUGUUAAGAUUCAGCAGAAACUGAGUGUGAAAAAGGAGCAUGAUGUCAAAGUUGAAGGGAUUUCAGAAAAGAAUGAAGAUAUCCCAAAAGGGUUCCGAGAAAACAAGAAAAGCAAGAAUCUUGUCAAGGAAGAAAACCCGGAAGCUGAGCCUAAGACCAAAAAUUCAUCAAAAAUUGAUAAAGUGAAGGGUCAUAAAUUGAUCAAGACUGAACGAAAACUCGAUAUAGGGGAAGAAGAGAUGGAAAGAUCCAACAAAAAUGAGCUGGAGUCUGUUAAAAUAGAUAGGGAGCUGGAGUUGAAGGAAGUUAAGGAAGAUAGUAUGACGAGUAGAGAUAAGAAGAAGAAGAAGAAAAAGAAGGAUAGAGAUGUUGGUGACAGUGAACACGAGGUGGUUAAGGUGGAACAAGAUGGGAAGAGUAUGGAUCCUGAUGCUGGUUCUGCUUCAGCCGAGCAGAGUAGCAAGAAAAAGAGUAAAAAGAGAAGAAUUGAAGGAGAUGAGUAAUUGAAUUUCGUUGAGUCUUGUUGCUGCUGUUGAGGAUUAGAGUUAGUGUAACACCUGCGGAAAUCCUCACUGUUCAAGUAAUUUUUUUGAAGUAUUGAUUCAAUUUGAAAUGAUUAUGGAGAUUCAAACUGUUUUUAUUUAGUAUAGGUAGGAUUUUUCGUAUUCAAUCUAUAUUACAAAGAAGAAGCAUAUGUAUACAUUGAGCAAGUCAAAGCUUCAAAGCUACUGCUUUUGUUCA